AUGGCCACCAACUCUUCCACCGCUAGCAGCAACCAUAAGGUGGUGCGCAUAGGCGUCUUCAUUCCAUACCCCGCCCAGCUGCUCGACGCAGCAUGCAUCGACAUCUUUGCCUCCAUGAGCAAAGAGUACUUUGCCUUGGUAGGGGAGGCUAUGGUGCCCCCGGCUAUCUUUGAGUUGGCGCGUAGUGUUGAGAUAUUCUCCAGCAUGUCCAUCCUCUGCACCCACCACUACUCCGACCCUCAAGUUGCUCCGGGGAAACUCGAUAUCGUCCUGGUUCCGGGACCGGAUCCCAAGAUCAACCUCCAAGAGGACCCGGCCGCUUUGUCGUGGCUAGCUGGACAUGCCAACAACACCAAAAAGACAGACAUCCUAAGCGUCUGCUCGGGCAUCUACCUCUGCGGUGCGGCAGGGAUCCUCAAAGGCAAGAAGGCCUGCGGACCCAGAGGGCUGCAGGGAGAUCUCCGCACUAGGUUUGGGGGCCAGGAGGUGAUUUGGGUUGGGGAGGAGUUGAGGUGGGUGGGAGAUGGGAAUUUGUGGUCUAGUGGAGGCGUAACGAACGGCAAUGAUCUCGUUGCGGCUUACACAAGGCAGAGCCGUCACUUUCCGGGUCCCGUGGCUGAGUUGGGAUUGAAGUUCGUUGAGGUGGAUGAGAGACCGCAGGGGUACGAGGAGUAA